AUGAAUUCAUUGAAGCUGAGGCAAUUUUCAGUCCUCUUGUGGAAAAAUUUCCUCUUAAAGAUGCGGAAGGUGUUCAGCUUGGUGAUGCAGAUCCUCUUGAUAUUUUUGUUGUUCGCAUGGACUCUGACCGUACGCAGAAUUUCCAAGAAGACACUCGUCCAAGCUACUAUUUUCAACCCUAGCCGCCUGACAUUGCCUGGGUUCCUUAGUACAAAGUCAGAGUACGAGCUGGCUUAUGUGCCUUCUGAGAGUGACGCGGCAAGAAAUAUCACUGAGAUGGUGAAAAAGGAUCUAAACUUCAACUUUAAAGUUCGAGGCUUUUCUUCGGAAGAGUCUUUUGAGAAAUACGUUAAGUACGGAAAGAAGUCUGCGAAUGUGCUGGCUGCCAUUGUGUUUGAUCACACAUUCAAAACGAGCAGUGAGCGCCUGCCACUUCAGGUAAAAUAUAAUUUGCGGUUUGGUCGACUCUAUGAUCCUGAAAGUCCGUCUGAGAUGUCUGAGGACCAGGAAGAAAAGAACUGGAACACAUCAAUUCUCUUCCCAUCUGUGCCUUCCCUAGGACCCCGGAACAUCUUGGAGGAUGAUGGGGGAAACCCUGGAUACAUCAGAGAAGGAUUUCUUACUGUGCAGCAUUCUGUAGAUAAGGCUAUCAUGGUGUAUCAUACUGGCAAAGCAGCUGAAGACAUAUUUGAUGAAGCCACCAUUUAUGCGAGGAGAUUCCCAUACCCUGCUUACAUUCAUGACAGCUUCUUGUGGACUUUCAUUGCUAUGUUUCCUUGGACAAUUUUAUUUACAUUUACUCAAAUGACGCUUUCCAUUGUUGGCACCAUUAUGAUGGAAAAGGAAAAGAGACUGAAGGAAUACCAGCUCAUGGUGGGACUCAGUAAUGCUAUGCUCUGGGCUUCGUAUUUCAUCACCUUCUUGUUGAUGUAUUUCAUUACCAUCUGUUUGCUGUGUGGGAUUUUAUUUACCAAGCUUACACACGAGAGAGUCUUUCAACACAGUGACCCGCUGUUCAUCGCCUUCUACUUCCUGUGUUUUGCCAUCUCCUCCAUGUUAUUUGGCUUCCUGAUUAGCACGUUCUUCGAUAAAGCUUCUCUGGCCUCUUCUGUUGCAGGUUUCCUCCAUUUUCUCACUUUCUUUCCAUAUUUAAUCAUAAUUUCAACGUAUGAUCGGACAAGCCUCAGUGCGAAGCUGGCUCUUUGUCUCAUUACAAACACCGCGCUAGCUUUUGGAGCUGACUUAAUAUGCAAGAUGGAAAUGAAAGGGCAGGGCGCUCAGUGGUACAACUUUGCUACAAAGAUAAAUGCCGAUGAUGACUUAACUUUGGCCCACAUAAUGGGAAUGUUUAUAUUUAGUGCUUUUCUGUUCGGCUUUGUGGCCUGGUACAUAGAUGCUGUUUUUCCAGGAAAGUAUGGUGUGCCCAAGCCCUGGAACUUUUUCCUGCAGAAAGCCUACUGGUUUGGAGAGCCAGCCUUAAAGGAGGAAGAGAGCGAAGUCACUGAAAUAACCCCAAAUGAGUUUUUUGAGCCCGAACCUAAAGGCUUAGUGGCUGGCAUCCAGAUUCAACAUUUGUACAAGAAAUUCACCUUAAAAACUGGCACUCUGGUGGCAGUAAAAGACUUGUCUUUGAACUUGUAUGAGGGGCAGAUAACUGUUCUUCUAGGACACAAUGGAGCAGGAAAAACCACCACCUUGUCCAUUCUCACAGGUUUUUAUCUUCCUACCAGAGGAAAUGUGUACAUUGGUGGAUAUGACAUCUCAUCUGACAUGGUUCAAAUUAGGAAAAGCUUGGGCAUGUGUCCACAGGAAGACCUGUUGUUCCCCAUGCUGACAGUGUCGGAACACCUUCAUUUCUACUGUGUGAUAAAAGGAGUACCUAAGAAGAUACAAUCCAGAGAAAUUCGCAGUAUGCUCACUUCUUUUGACCUGCUCAAGAAACGUAACACUAUGUCGAUGAACCUGAGUGGAGGGAUGAAGCGCAAACUCUCAAUCAUUAUAGCUCUUAUAGGGGGUAGUAAGGUGGUGAUACUCGAUGAGCCAACAUCUGGCAUGGAUCCGGUCUCAAGGAGGGCCACCUGGGACCUACUUCAGCAAUAUAAAAAGGACCGCACAAUCCUUCUGACCACACACCACAUGGACGAAGCCGAUGUGCUUGGUGACCGCAUUGCCAUCCUGGUCAUGGGGACCCUGAAGUGCUGUGGCUCUUCGCUUUUCCUGAAGAAACUAUACGGUGUGGGCUAUCACCUUAUCAUGGUGAAGACCCCUGACUGUGAUGUUGAAGCAGUCUCCCAGCUCAUUAGGAAACACAUACCAACUGCCAAGAUGGAGACUAAUGUCGCAGCUGAACUGUCAUUUAUCCUGCCGAAGGAGUACACACACAGCUUUGAAGAACUUUUCACAGUCCUAGAGGAAAGACAAGAAGAGCUGGGCAUCUCUGGCUUUGGUGUCUCCGUGACUACCAUGGAUGAGGUUUUCUUCAAGGUCAGCAAUCUGGAAGACUUGACGUUGAACACCGUGUCUACCCGUUCAACUUCCACAGUGAGCCAAAGCGUAAGUGAAGAAAACCAGAAUAUGAAUGCGCCCAGAAAUUUUGAGAGCCCGGAUUACCGAAGAGGACAUUCUAAUUCUUCAUUUAACACUGGGUGGGUUCUGUUCGGCCAGCAGUUCCGGGCCAUGUUCAUCAAAAGGGUCCUGUUCUCUUGGCGCAACUGGAAGAUGCUGCUGCUGCAGUUGCUGGCCCUCCUGGGCCUCAUGUAUCUUCUAAUAAAAGGCAUAAGCUUCUUGAAGCAGGAAGAGCCUGCCAGGCUGAUGGACCUGGAGCAGUACGGCGAGACGGUCGUGCCUUUCUCCGUCUCUGGAGAUCCUCGGCUGACCCAGGGUCUCACCAAAAACCUCGAGAUCCUGUUGAAGGCUAAGAACCAGAAACUUCAGGAAGUGGAAGGUGACGUGCAGGACUAUUUACUGAAAGAUAAAGAAUGCAUUUACUCAUGCAUCAUUGCCUUUUCCUUUGAUGUUAUUAGAGGCAAAAAGACGUUUACCUUUUGGUUCAACAAUGAGGCAUACCAUUCACCAUCACUGUCCUUAUCAGUAUUAGACAGCAUCAUUUUUAUGUCUCUCUCUGGCCCUGAUGCCACCAUUACUGUCUCCAACAAGCCUCAGCCUGUGCGUGUCACUGACCAGAAUUAUGAUAAAAGAAGUAUAUCAGGACUCCAAAUAGUCUUUGACUUGCUCUUUGGGAUGAGUAUUUUCACCAGUACCUUUUGCCUCAUGACGGUGACAGAGAGAGUUAGCAAAGCAAAGCACAUCCAGUUUGUGAGUGGGGUCUACGCCUUUAACUUUUGGCUGUCUGCUCUGCUAUGGGAUCUCAUCAUCUACUUUGUUGCCUGUGUCCUACUGUUGCUGGUGUUCCAUAUCACUGAUGUAGAUUUGCUGUUGGAGAAAUGGCACUUCCUCGACACAGUGUUCAUCCUCGCGCUGUUCGGCUGGUCUGUCAUCCCGUUCAUCUACCUGCUGAGCUUUUGGUACAACACUAGUACUGGUGCCUACAUCAAGAUCUUUGUCUUGAACCACUGUUUAGGGUUCAUAAGUAUAAUUGUGGAUGUCGUGGUGAAUAUAAUACCAGACAUUAAGACCAGCACGAAGAACUUCAUACUUAACUCAUUGCUGAUAUUUCCCAUUUAUAACCUUGGGAUGAGCAUCUUCAAGUUCCAUAAUAUCCAAGAGUUAAGGGAAAUAUGUUCUUCAGGAAAUUUUGAUGCCUAUCAAGAGUGCAGUAAAGAGAAUACUGAGUUUUCUAUAUACAGCAUGGACCAAAAGGCGAUCGGAAGGCACAUGACUGCCAUGGCUGCCACAGGGAUGAUGUACCUCUUCUUGGUUGUCUUUAUGGAUAUUAUUUCAUGGAAUCUAAAAAUCUUCAUAUUUCGCUAUGUCUUCUUUGGUAUCUACAGAGUAUUUCGUAAGUCUACAGUGUCCCAGGAAUUAUCCGGGAAAGAUAAAGAUGAAGACGUACAAAGUGAAAGAAAGGCUAUCCUGGCACAUCCUGAGCAGUCAAGGAAUUCUCCUGUGCUCAUUAAAGAACUCAUAAAGAUAUACUUUAAAGUUCCACCUAUUCUGGCUGUGAGGAAUGUCUCUGUCACCAUUCAAAAGGAGGAAUGCUUUGGAUUGCUUGGGUUAAACGGAGCUGGGAAAACCACUGCCUUUAAAAUCCUGACUGGAGAAGAGGUUGCUACCUCUGGAGAUGUGUACAUUGAAGGCUACAGCAUCACCAGAAAUAUCCUGAAGGUACGGUCAAAAAUUGGCUAUUGUCCACAGUUUGAUGCCUUGCUGGAAUACAUGACCUCUCGGGAGAUACUGACCAUGUACGCCAGAGUGUGGGGGAUCCCAGAGGACAAAAUUACACCCUACGUGGACAACUUGUUGCAAAUGCUGUAUCUGCAACCACAGGCUGAGAAGUUCAUUUACACUUUGAGUGGAGGAAACAAACGUAGGCUCAGCACCGCUAUUGCCAUAAUGGGAAAGUCUUCAGUCAUUUUACUAGAUGAGCCUUCCACUGGCAUGGACCCAGUCGCCCGGCGCCUGCUCUGGAACACGGUGAUAAAGACACGAGAGAGUGGCAAGGUGGUCAUCAUAACUUCUCACAGCAUGGAGGAGUGUGAGGCUCUCUGUACCAGGCUGGCCAUCAUGGUGCAGGGAAAGUUCGUGUGCCUCGGGAGCCCCCAGCAUCUCAAGAACAAAUUCGGCAACAUUUACACCAUGAACCUCAAGUUCAAAACGGGCACAGACGAGGACGUCAUAGAGGACUUUAAACAUUUUAUUGCCGAGGUUUUCCAAGGUAGUGAAUUAAAGCAAGAGAACCAAGGGGUCCUUAAUUUCUACAUCCCCAGCAAGGACAACAGCUGGGGGAAGGUGUUUGGCAUUCUGGAGAAAGCGAAGGAGCAAUACAAUUUAGAAGACUAUUCCAUCAGUCAGAUCACCCUGGAGCAAGUCUUCCUGACCUUUGCCAACCUAGACAACACAGAAAGGAAUUAUGCAAAAGCGGUGGUUUGA